UUGACACCGCUCCACCUCUUCACUUGAGACACCACAACGGAGAGGAGGAAACUGCCGCCCCCUAUGGGAUUUGAGACAGUGAUUUCAUAGGAUGUACAACAACCUACCAUUUGUCAGAAGCGGAGAGGUUGCAAGCUGGUCGCACAUGUCCGUUAAUGUGUAGACAACCAACAUGGAUGAAGAGCUGUGUUUGCGUCACUGUUCAUAAGCAAGAGAAGAGGGAGCAGCCAUGUCUGAGAAGAAACCCCGUUGCUCAGACACUCGUCCCAAAUGCGACGUUCGGAGUUGGAGCGCCGACAGUUAUGUUUGGCGAGGAAAGAAGCGAUCAAGGAAUUCUAGUAAGAGUUCAAGUCCUGGAGGCUUGGAGGCGGAGGUCUCAGAGGAACUUGGGGUACGGUCCACAUCCUGCCCAAGGAGGCGCAGAGAGAGAAAGUGUAGCUGCAGCAGCAGUCUUGGGGAAGACAUUGAUGGCGUGUGCCGAAAGGCCUUGUCCAGGCGUUCUCUGCGGCAAAAGUUCCAGGAUGCUGUGGGACAAUGUUUGCCCUUGCGCUCGCAUAAUCCCCACCAUCAUCAUCAUCAUCUUCAUCACCAUUAUCUACAGGGAGCCUCACGUUCCUUUUCUGUGUUAUUCUGGUCCAAACGCAAAAUUCACGUCUCAGAGCUCAUGCAAGACAAGUGCCCUUUCACUGCUAAAUCUGAACUUGCCCGCAGUUGGCACUUUUUUAAAAACAAUGCCACUCAAGCAAGUGCUCUCCUGGACCUUGAGGCUAACGUCAAGGCUAACAACCUAUCUUCAUGCAACUCACCACCACAGACACCUCUCUCCUGGGAGGAGAUCUGCUGUUCCCCUGGGCCUGGAAGUAUCACUCAGGAGGACUGGGACACUAUUUGUCCACACGAACAAACAGAGGAUAGCAGUAGCUACAUCCUGGUCCCUGAUCUCCUGCAAAUAAACAAUAGCUCCUGCUACUGGGGGGUGCUUAACCGUUUUGAGGCUGAGGAACUCCUGGAGGGCCAGCCAGAAGGAACCUUCCUUCUCCGAGACUCUGCCCAGGAUGAGUUCCUUUUCUCAGUCAGCUUUCGACGUUACAGCCGUUCCUUGCACGCACGCAUUGAGCAGAACGGAAAGCGUUUCAGCUUUGAUGUGCGUGACCCAUGCAUGUACCGGGAUGCCAGUGUGACAGGGCUGCUGAGACAUUACAGUGACCCUGCCACUUGUCUCUUCUUUGAACCCCUCCUUUCCCAGCCGCUACCUAGAACAUUUCCUUUUCCCCUCCAACACCUGUGCAGGGCUGUGAUCUGCAGCUGCACCACCUACCAGGGUAUACAGAAGCUUCCACUGCCCCCACAGCUCAGGAACUACCUCUGCCAGUAUCACAUCAAGUGUCAAGGGGCCUGUGCUCUGUGAUUAUUCAUUCAUUCAUUUUCCGAACCGCUUUAUCCUCACAAGGGUCGC